GUCACGGAAAAGGCUCUUCAUGCAUAUGAGAAAGUGCACACUAUGGACCUGUCCCUGUACGAUGGUGUUGUUUGCGUGAGUGGAGAUGGGCUGGUACAUGAAGUUGUGAACGGGUUACUCAAGAGGAAAGACUGGGCUGAGGCCAGGAAAAUGCCUAUUGGAAUCGUCCCUGGAGGUACGGGGAAUGCCAUGCACAGGUCGCUGGAGAUCAUGAACACGAAUGUUGCCGCACUCACUCUGAUCAAAAGUAACAAAAUUCCCAUGGACAUAUUCUCUGUCACAACGGCAGAUGGUGUGAACUAUGGCCAUUUAGAAGUCUUCUUAGGUUUGUUGAGCGAUAUUGAUUUAGAAUCCGAAUGUGUCAGGUGGAUGGGAGAAAUUCGCCUGACGCUCUGGUGUAUAGUCAGAUUACUUUCGCUGAGGAGGGAGAAUUGCACCAUGUCCUGGCUACCAAUUGAAAAGACAAGUAAUGAUGUCGCGGGUAAUACGACGGACGAGGCACAGGGUUACGGACCCAAACGGCACUUUGCGGGCAAAGAGCUGACAGCGGACUGGACAACAGAGGUAAUGGAUUUCACCACAAUAUUACUGAUGAAUGUACCAUGGAUCAGCAUGGACGGCUGGGCCAGUCCCUUUGCGUCCAAUGACGAUGGCGGCUUGGACCUUAUAUACAGUAACAAGGGCAGGCCUGAGUUACAAGCGAUGCUCUUGGCAGAACGAGAGCCCUACGCGGCCAACCAUCCCGACGACUACAAAUUUCACAAGGUCAAAGCUUUAAAGUUCGAGUACACAACAUUGCCAGAGGCUGGUGGGAAAAUAAAUGUAGACGGAGAAGAUAUGGGCCACCAUAAGAGUAUAGAAGUGGAAUCGCACAGGAAACUUAUGAGCUUUUUGGCACCUAAAUCAUUGGUUUUACCGAAGUAUGCCUGGCCACCGCACAAUGAGAUGUACCCUUUGGCUGUGCGACGGCCAUCAGACGUCUCUACGGUCGAUCCAUGAAUGCCACUACCGUGAUGCAACGAAGACAUCGGUACUCCUGGCCUACGGUUUCUGAUCGAAUACCAAUGUAUUGUUGUACUACUGUGACAAUAAAUAAAUGCUUGAUACCGCCCCUGCUCGA